CUUCGCACGCGCUGCGAAUCUCCUCUACCAAACGUGCGCGUGUCUCGCUGUCUCCAUGGUAGAAGGCUAGGAGGCAUUCAGUAACGGGCCAUAUAUCGUCCGCAGUCUGAGAGAAGCUCACGCGCAAAAUCAAUGAUGGGCGGGGCACGAGCCAUUUUCAAACCCCGCGAUGCGAGGUGAGUGAGAGCGAGCAAACCUGACGUGCUAAGACUGGUCCGCGGACCCAGAGAAGGUGUCAGAAUAGGAUUUCUGGCUUCAGGGAGACUUCAGCUGGACGUCUGUCGGUCCGCGGGGUAUUAUCGGUGCGGGGCAAGCAGAUCACCGAUUGGGUGGAUGCACAUGAUUGAGCCUGAUCUCUCGAAUCAUUCUCGCACAGGGAAGACCGGCACCAAGCAAACAAGUUCGAGUCAAGCUCGAUCGGACCCAAUGGCUCAGAAUGUGAUACUUUACCUUCUCCUCCCGAGUCGAUUCUGGCAGUCCCUCAACCAUGGGACCGCCGCAGUCCGAUGUAACGUUAACCAGCCCUACGGUAGUCAUGUCUGUUCUUGUCGAUUCGACGGAAGGUUUCUGGUCCCCGAAUGGCAGGAAGUGACAGGCGCUUGGAGAUUUUCACCGAGGCCUUGUUUCCCGGGCCAUGCUGAUUCGAGCCUCCAAACCCAGUUCUACCCGACAGGCGGCGAUCGCAACCCUACCCCUAGUACCGGCAAGAGACUCAGCUCCCUCGAAGCAGGACUGACUUUCCUCCAGUCAGACUUCCGGUGCCCACGGUUCCGAGACGCACGACACAUCCCACAGGCAGUCCCAAAGCUAGCUGACAAAAAUAGAAACUUCACCAAACACCCUUGCAAACCUCUCAGAUCUAGUACUCCCUACAUAGCAUGUUUAGCCUUUGGCCAGACGCAUUCUUGUGCAACGUGAGGUAUUUUAUCACAAUCACAAAUCUAUUGUCAUUGACGUCGACGCGCCAUGUACAGUUUAUAUACAACCAAAAAAAAAAAAAAAAAAAAAAAAAAAAAAA